AUGAACCAUUACCGGCACUCAUCCUACCGGGUCGAGUGGCCUCGCAAGGUUCCAGUGACUAGGGUUGAGCUGCCACCCGACUUCCCUGCGGGCUGGCCCUUUUACACGUUGCGCGCUAUCGUGGUGCCUCUGACACUGCUUGCGGGAGAGUUGGAGGCACCCCCGGGACCGGCUGGAGCUCUACCACCUCUUCGCUACAGCCUCGUGUCUGCUAAGCCCCAGAUUGGACCUAGGCCAAACCAAUCACACCAGUCAGCACCAUUCGCUGUUAAUGCCAUCACCGGGGACGUCACGUUGACUGACGCCUUGCGUCCUAACGCUCGACGAGCAAGCCGGCCAGCGGAGUGGAGCCUUGUCGUCGAAGCUCGAGUCAACGACGCCAAUGGGAACGCGAACAGUAGCCGGGCACAACUCCUCGUCAUACUGCUGUCGAGAGAACAGCAAUCCAAGGCAUGCACGUCCAGGCGAAAGAUUUGCUUCGGUUUUGAAGACGGCCUCCGAUUCGAAUACUCGAUCCACGAAGUGGCCAUUGCCGGCACUGUGCUCGACCUCGUUAGGCCACCAGCCACGCGAGCCCUCUGCCCGGAUUUGGAACCAACGUACGCCGUAAGCCAAGACGCUGACAAAUGGCUGGCCUUCGAUGCAAGCUCCGGCCAGCUUCGCUUGACGCGGUCCGUCUCGUGGAGCGAGUCGCCGGCCUCGACGAGCUCCGUGGUGAUGGCUAGCCUUGAGUGCUCACUUCCCGGGCAACCAAACGAGACAGCCAAGGUGUCACUUGAAGUCGAGGACUUGGAUGACCAGCCACCGAAGGCACAGAGAAAGAGCAACCUUGUAUGCCGAACGUCAGUUCGAAGUCUCCACAAGGGCGACAUACUCGGCUGCACUAUAUCUGUGCUUGACCGAGAUUCAAAGGACGCCAACAAUUUAACAGUCCGGUUGGAACAAGAUGUUCGAAACCUGUUCGAGCUUGCUGAUACACCGUUUCAGACUUUCAUUAGAGACAAGAAGAUGACAUUCCUUAACGCAAAGAUCGCUGUUCGGAGCACUGGUGCCUGGUUUCCAGGAGACAAGUACAGCUUCGCGGUCAUCGUGGAGGACGCCGGUCUUGUGCGUAGUGACCUGCCCGCAGAGGUGACGUUCCAGAUCGAGGUGUCCAACAGCAGCACGCUCAGGACCCCGCUCACGCUUAAAGACACAUACAACAUUUCGCUAUCAAGAAACGCAACGACGUUUGCAAGGGUCCUUUCGUCGAUGACAGCGCCGGCGUCCAACCACCGCUUUCGGCUCAUGUUGGACGAUGGUGACGCGAUGGCUGCAGCUGCGCACGCGUGGCUCGCGGUUACUCCGCACACCGGCAUCCUGUACGUGACCAAUGCGCAGCGGCUGCGCGAAUUCAACGCCUCCGAGACAAGCGUGCUGCUCGAGGCCUCGUGGGCGGAAGACGAGGAGAGUGGCCUCGCUCGGCGGCACCUCUACCGCGUGGAAGUGCACAUCCAGGAGACCGAAGAUGACCAUCACGCAGAACAGUGCGAGGGGCGCCUUUGCGGUCAGCAACUAAGCGAGACCCAGUGCUUGGCUUCCUGCGGUCCAGGCACGGUGGACGGCCGCUGCCGCUGGCGCCAUGGCUCUAACGGGCGCCACCUCUCUACACGUUACAGCACCUGCACUGGGGAUCCAGAGAGUUGUCCAGAUAGCAUCUGCGACGAGCUGGAGCUUAUGCAGCCCUCGCUAUGUCCACAGGAUUGUGCAGAGCACGUCGUCGGCGAGGCUGUGGCAGGGCCGUCCGGCAAAGGAAUCGAGAAGGCCAUGGGCAUUUGUUCGUGCGCCUCGGCCGAGAGUUGCACAUGCACCAAACUGCCCGCCCGUCCUGACAGCCGCGACAGUGUGCUUGUCGCCCACCCAUGGCCGCCAAGUGCCCAUGAAGACAAACAGCGUUCAUUUGUCCACCAGCCUGCAAUUACUGACUUUGGGCGGCGGCCAGAGCCUGGUGGUUCGGUGGCGCCUGCUGCUGCAGGGUCCUGUGGUGCUGGUUGUGUGGCGUCAUUGUGCCUGGCUGGCUUGCUGGUAUCAGCCCUUGCAGUGGCUGCACUGGUGGUGCUUGUACGAAGGCAGCGUGUGGCCGCCAAGCACAAGUACCUAGGCUCUAGAGCUUCGCUGUCAGUGCCCUCAGACUACAUUGACAGCCGCAGCGCCACUUCGCCCUCUGCACCUGAUGCCGCUGUGCAGGCCUCUACACCACACACUGAUUCCGUAGCAGGAUCACCAUUUUCCAAGCUGCAGGCAAGUUGCAUGCACAGCAGGAGCAGAGCUGACAUGACACACUUGCAGAAGGCUGGUGGGGUGCCCUGGGAAAAGUUGUGGUACAGAGAACAAGAUUGGUUUACUUGCUCCAGUUGUAAUGGUGUAGAUGCAUGCAGAAACAAAGGAAGCCUUGUUUCGUAUGACAUUGUUGCUGUACUUGUUCAGCCAUUUCUCUACUGCAUAAUGAUAUUACAUUUUGGGUCACAGGAGGCCCUAUGGGGGAACAUCAAGAUGCCUUACAGGAAGGUGUUGAUUGCACGGAGACAUAUAUCGAAGCGUGCAGCCUCUCCUGUGCCCCUGAAAAAUCAGAACUGCUUGUACUGCACAGAAGGAGAGGUCGACCACCACCUUCAACGGCCAACUCUGAAGUCGAAUUUAAUGGCCGGAGUGGGCUCGGCCAUCCUACAGAAGCUUCAAAUCACCAUCACUGAAGUCGUACAUCUGGUGAAACGAGUGGCAAGCAAACUACGGGGGCUCAAGGAAGAAGACGUUCUAAAACUAACACAGGUCCUAGCCACCAGCCGCAUCAUUUACAGCACUCUGUAUUUGGGACUGAAGAAUGUGGAAAAGAAGAAGUUCAACAAUGUCCUCAACAGAGAAGCUGCUCCAACUAGGCAUUCACAACACCUGGGAGGAAGUCGCCACUCUCACCGGUCUGAUGCACCGGUAGAGCACUUCUAUAGUUUCGGGAGACGUCCAAGGUCGGGGAUGAACCUCAGGGCCCACGGAGCUCUCGCCGAGGACGGAGACGGUGGAGCCGCUGUCUAUCAGGACUCUGACCGGUCGGCUCUCAACGAAGCCCUUCACGAUGGGGCGCUGAGAACGUCGCGGACAGUUGAUUUCACCGGUGUCCAGAUGAAUGUCGACUCCGAGCUCACCGAUGGCGUUCUGCUGGGCUCCGUGUUGGCCGCUCGUUCUUCGUUCGGGAAAGACGCAUCUGCAGAUCCUUGCAAUGGUGUUACGGAGGUGCCAGUAAAAGGAGUGCCAUAUGAAGAGCAGUGGGAGGACCUGCUGACCAGCACUUACCCGGAGGACCAGAGACGACUGGUGGACCAAGUGGAUGAGCAGUGGGAGUAUCCCAGGGAAAACCUAAUCUUGGAGCAAAGUCUGGGUGAAGGAGAAUUCGGCCGUGUGGUUCGAGCCCGUGCCCGUGACAUCGGCGGUGUGCGAGGCUUCACGACGGUGGCGGUCAAGAUGCUAAAAGGCAGUUGGACACCAGCUGAGGAACAAGAUUUGCUAUCAGAAUUUUGCAUGCUCAAGGAAGUCAACCAUCCCAAUGUGAUACGUCUUCUCGGGGGCUGCACCACGAAAGGUGGACCACUUUAUGUAAUCGUGGAGUAUGCAGAGCUUGGCUCUCUGCUAAAUGUGCUGCGGCAUAGUCGGCACAUGGCCGGAGGGGGUGCAGACGUGACAGUUGUAUGCAACCCAACAUACAUGGCUCAGGAGCCAGCUCUGAGGUCCCCAGAAGAGAAUACCGAGAAUCCUGCUGAGCCUGAAGUGCCCAGCUUCAGCGAUCUAAUUUCUUUCGCUUAUCAGAUAGCGAAAGGGAUGGCAUACUUGGCCGACAUGAAGCUGGUGCACAGGGACUUGGCGGCACGAAAUAUCCUUUUGGCUGAAGGAAAUGUUAUCAAAAUCUCCGACUUUGGCCUAAGCCGGGACGUCUAUGAGGGUGACACAUACCUCAAGAAGAGUAGGGGGAGGGUGCCUGUAAAAUGGAUGGCCUUGGAAUCACUGGAGGAUCAGAUAUACAGCAGCAAGAGCGAUGUGUGGUCCUUUGGUGUUGUGCUCUGGGAAAUCGUCACACUAGGUGCCUCACCAUACCCUGGUGUGGGUCCCGAACAUUUGUUCCGCCUUCUCAAGACCGGUUACAGAAUGCAUCAACCCGAAGGCUGUUCUGAUGAAAUAUAUCGUAUGAUGCUCAGCUGUUGGCAGCCCAGACCACAGGAUCGGCCUUGUUUCAAGGAACUUAGGCAAAGAUUAGAAGAUAUACUGCAGGACUCUGCUUCCUACCUGGUACUCGGUGGCGUGCAGAAUCGUUCUUAUUAUAAUCUCAAUGGCGGAGUGCCUUCGAUGAAGCCCCUUCUUGAGGACCAUUCAGAUGACGGUGAAGGCAGCGAAGCUCCCGAGUAUGGCUGCAUGCAAUUCGAGCGCCGUGGGUCGUUCUUCGAUGUCGGUGUGUCAGAGGAUAGCAAUGUCCACCUGCUGACCAGAAAGAAUGGCUUCCUCGUCGACUCUCCAGUUGCUUGCUGGUUAGCUCGGCCUGAAGUUCUGACACGGGAUGGUUCCAGUACUGAACGGCCCAAGCAACUCCUCUAGUCACCACAUGGCAUGCCUCGGUGGUUCAAGGUGUCCACUCCUCUGUGGGGUCCAGCUGGAUAGCCAAAGGGCCUCUGGCCUACUCAGUGUCAGAAAUGGCUGUGGUAACAUGGCCACUGCUUAGUGGCACUUCUGCUCACCUGGCAGCAAGGACUGAACUGUUAGGCUUCUUUGUGCACUGGAGGCCAUAUUGCGAACAUUCCUCAAUGUGUUGCGUUUUUGUGGCGAAAAUGGCUUACGAGGAAAAAAAAGAAACUGCAUUGUAAGUGUCGCUGACAUACUUACUGUCACCGAGCAUGACAUGCAUCUUUCUUUCUAUAUUUUCACCAUGGCAUUUAUCAUAGGUCAUACGGCACUUCACACUGAUGAGGUCAAUAUUUUUCUAUUCAUUGGUACAGUUGAAUUUUGUUGUAAUGAAGUUACAUCUGACUUGAAAAUAUUCUUGUUAUAUCCGAUAUUUGUUAUAAGCAUAUAUCCGUUACAUACUGAUAUAAGCAAGAAAAAAUUUAGGUUUACUUCAUUAAAUCUGAUAUCUCAUUAUAUAUCUUGGUUUGUGAAAUCGAGGUUCAACUAUAAUAGCAGCUAAGUUUUCCUUAUUAUUUAAUUUGGCCUUAGGUUGGCUUGUUAAUUUUUAUGUCAGCGAUCUUUCAAUGUGACAGCCAAGUCAUCUUGUUUCUAGUCGCCCUUGGCUGACUGUUGGCAAAAACACCAGAGGCUGGUAGCGUUCGCUGAAAAGCUUCAUAGAGCAGGAAAACUUAUUACUUCCUUUGCUUGGCAAGGGAACGAUAACAAACUGUAUCAUGUACUGAAACACUGUCUGAGUAGAUAUUUCAACUACUGGCUCUGUGGCCAUAGUAGCCAGGGGUUGCAGUGGAGUGCUUUUUUUUAAAUUCUGAGUCUCACUACUGAUUAUCAUUAAACAAACUGGGAAACUUUCUCAGGUACCAAUGUAGCACAUAGAUAUUUUGUACUUGUGCUAAAGGAGAAAAUAUUUUGCGGUCUGCAUGAAAGAUAAUUUUUGAAAAAUUUUGCUAAACUUGAGAGCUUCUUCUAAAUUUAAAGAAUGCAUUUCCAUGGUUGAUGACAAUGAUUCAUUAACUCGAUGACAGGGAACAUUGUCAUUUUCUUUAUUGUGAGUAUAUAUUGCAUACAGGCAAAUUCUUCUAUAUCAGUGCAAUGUACUCAACAUCUCCUUGGCCUUAAGCCAUACUGGCUUUGCAUUGACAAAAGCAUCUUCUACUUACUCUAUAUGUAUGAUACAAUAGUUGUUUGGAAUUGCUUCAUGGAUACUGACAUUUGGAGAGCACUUUUUGGUUCUUAAAGGCCAGCUGCAUUGAAAUUUUGGACUGUGUAAAGAGCCUUGUAUCAUAUAGUCAAGAUAUAGAGCAGCCUCUGUGCAAAAUUGUACAUUUGAAAUAUGAGUGGACGCGUUUAGACGUUUGGUGGCUAAGUGCACUUUACAGGUAAAAUUUCGCUAGCAGCACGGAAUCGUCACAAAAUUCAGCACAAAAUCGCCCUAAUAGUCUUACAUUAUAUAGAAACAAAUUCUAAGAACCGUGUCUGCACCCGCACAGCCUGCAAUAUAUUCGAUUUGAUUUGAAUAUUCGUAUAAAUAUUAAGAAUAUAACAUUCGAUAAUAGUCAAACGUUUCAAAUAUUUGCACACCCCUACUAAAAACCUUUUGCAGAAGCUACGAAAUGUCCUACAAAAUUUAAGUGUACACAUCCUCAGAGUGUUCUGAAGGACUUGCUUGAAGUCACUGCUUUUAUGUACGCGAUCAUAAAAUCCAUAAUCUUUUCCUUCCUUGUACCCCUUAAUGGACAAAAAAUGCUAAUUCUUGCUUAAUUCGAAAUCAGCACUUAUGUAUAGGAGUAUAAUAUUUGUUGUAUUAAAUACUCGAUCACAUUUUGGUGGUGAGCACUUAAAUAACGAUACUCACAUUCUUUCAUGAAACUGAGAAAUGAUGAUCAUUAUGUAUUUGUACUUAAACUGAAUAUCUGACAAUAUAUCAGCUAGAAUAUACUGAACCCUUGAAUUUUUCCUCUGAAGGUUAUCACCUCUCUUGCUGGUUCUAAUAUUUAUCAUCUCAAAUGAUCUAUAUAAUCUCAAAAUUAGAAAAUCCACUUGGUUUCUAGGGCUAACUCUCACACCAGCAUGAAUCAUAUGAAACUGCCAAUUGCGCUCCCACUCAGCGGCUUGUGAAGCAUAAUUUGAAGGAACGUAAGUACAUGGAGAAGUGUGCUGCACCAUUUAUACUAACUGAAACAUUGCUCACUUAAAGGGAUACUAAAAAGAAAAAUUAUUUGUGCUGUGUUAGUAAAUUACCCUCCAAAAUACCAAAAAAGCUACUUUUGCUGCAAGAAGAUGCGUGGUAAGGCAGAAAAGAUGAAAAAACGAAAGACAGGUGGUGACACUGCCUUGAAGUUUCUGCACCAGAUCACUAGGACCUCAUGCAUUUUGAAGUCAUCUGCUCGAGCCUAGUUAAAAUUUUUUCUGUAAAAAUAGACUACCUUGCAUUCCAAAAGACCCAACGACUGAACUUGGGAGGUUUCAUGAAUUUUUACUAAAGUAGAACAGCCCAAAUACAGAAAUAUACUUUACAAUUUAAAAAUGAAACUUUGAUCAUCAUUUUUCUUCUAAUAAUCAGCCUGUUACUGUGAAACAAGCAAAAGCAGAUCAGCCUGUUACUUUGAAACCAGCAAAAGCAGAGUUCUUCAAGAAUGCUUUUUCAAUCUAAACUGAUUCAGUGCUUCUCUUUAAUGUCCCUUUAAGACACUAGCUUUUUUUAACUUUUGUUCUUUCUUGAGAAUGACGUCUUAUGUUUUGUCUUUUCUUAAGACAGACAUCUUAUGGCCUAUAUUAUGGAAUGAGCUCCUUUUUUGUUCCUAUGAAGGACACCCCUUCUAAUGUUAUUUUUUGCUGGUAAUGUCGGCUGUAUUUUUGCUCAACUUCAAAACUAACAUAUAUUAUGUACAUCCACGCACAUAAGAGAAAAGGAAUCUCAAACAGUGUGUUAAUGGCAAAAAGGUUGUAAACACUUGUUGAAGCCAAUAAUUGGUAUACCUUUGUAUGGAGAGUUAGAAAGCCUAGAUCAGCCUGCUCAUGAGCCAAAAUUUUGUUAUUGUGGCAUCUUUUGUUCUUUACUGCCCUAUAUGUAUUUAUUUACUUUGCAGGGUGGCAAAUAGUACUCAUUCAAAUUUUUACUGCCUGGGACACUGUUCUUGUUGGAGCAUUGAAGUCAUUUGUUUGUGCUGCCAGCUAUGUAAAGGCUUAAGCAGCUGCAGCUAUUUCUCCAUUGAAUGAUGUUAACAAUAGUAUAACACACGUGCUAACUUCGGCACUUUUGGUAAAAAACAAUGAAAAUUGCUUGACCAUGUGAAACUUAAGUUGCUGCUUAUGAAACAAAGCCAUUGUCAUCGUCAAGAACUGUACACUUAAGUACCAAAGCAAACCAUCCAGCUCAACAAAGUCUUAUCAACAAGUUUCUCUUUCUCCUAUAAAAUUUUCUUGGUGCUGAAUUUGUGUACAAAACAAUAAAUAAAAUGAACGAAAGUGUCGAAAAACAUACAUAUAACAUGGUAAUAUUGUAUUUGGACUUGCUGAUUCUUCCUAAAAGGUAAUUUUUUUUUGCACUGGUUGCUUCUACACCACUAUAGUGUAGUACUGCAUAGCUGAGAAAUACACUUUGCAUAAAUUAUAUUGCCAAUGCGAGUUAUAAGGAUAUCCCAUGCAGACUAGCAUUACGUUGCUGUUCCGAAAGCCCUUUCUUUCUUCUGUGAUGACUGACAUGAACCAGUGUUUCACACAGUGCAUAGUAUAUUGCAGCUUUGAAUACAACCAUUCUUUACAUUGUGUCCAUUGUGGUAGCAUAUACUGUCACUUGUGCAUUUAUUUUGACAAGUUUAAAUUUUUUCAGAUGACCAAUAACUUGUUAACAUCUUAAUAUCGGAAAUGAACUCCCUACUGUUCGAUUUAGCUGGUAUACCUAUUUCAAUUACUUUGUGGCUGGCAAGCAUACUACAUUUGAGCUCACUUAAAACAAACGUCAUGGUCACACAUGAUGCAUUUGUUAUUGCAGAGCAUUUUGUAAUAAGUGAAUACACAGAAUAAGCCAACGAAAUAGCAGAAACAUUUAUUGUUUUCCAAAGUAAUGGGCAAGCUUGCUUUGCUUCUUCAGAAGCAAAGCAAGCUUAUCUUACUUAAUAUCUUACUUAAUAAUCACAGCUUCCAGAUUGCUCAAAACUGACAAGUGCUCAUUGCCGAGAGCUUUCCUGCAUAUGAGCUGUUUCAGUGAUGCAUUGCAGAAGGGUUGAAAUACGGGCCAGUUGGUACAUUGGUGAAGGAAAAACCAGUCACAAAACACAAAGCACAAGA